AGGAACACUGCGGUGAGUGAUUGCAUCGACUUGAGCUUGAGAAGCAAUAAAAAUCAUGCAUGAACUUAAGAUGAAACUGGUGUUGAUGUGCUCAGUCUAUGCUAUUGCAUUUGUAAGUACCAAAGCUGAAUUGACAGAAGUGGGAAAAGUAAGAAAUCAUCGGUCUUUAUGUGGAGGAAGAUCAUAUGACUCCAGUACCCAAAUCUGCUGUGAUAGUAACAUUAAUUGUAAGGAAGAUGGAACUGCCUGCUGUGGAAAUCGUAACUAUGACUCUAGCAUCAGUGUUUGCUGCGCUGGAAGCAUUAAUGACAGGAAGUAUGGGCUUUCUUGCUGUGGAAAUCGUAACUAUAAUUCAACUACAGAUGUUUGCUGUAACAGAAUGCUUCAUCCUAAUCAGACUAGCACGCGUUGCUGUGGAAGUCGUGUCUACGAGUACGAAACUCAAGUUUGUUGUGAUGAAAACAUUUAUAGCCUGACGGCAAAUCAAACAGCCGCUUUUUCUUGUUGUGGACGUUUGACUUACAACAAAAAUACCCAUAUUUGCUGUGAUGGAGUAAUUUUGAGCCGUACUAAAGACUCUUCUUGUUGUGGGCGCCUUAAUUACAACGAUAAAACUCACAUUUGCUGUGAUGAAGUAAUUUCAGUCCGUUCUGCCAACUCUCGAUGUUGUGGACCAUCAACUUAUAAUCAUAACACACAUAUGUGCUGUAAUAGAAAAGUUGUAACUCGUCCAUCCGGGUUUUCAUUUCUCCAUCGAUGCUGUGGAACUCGUGCAUAUAAUUUUUUUGAUAGCGUUUGUUGUGAAAAUAAUCUCAAUGACAUAAAUUAUGGUUGGUCCUGCUGUGGGAAAAAAAAUUACCAACUGACACACGUCUGCUGCGCUGGUAAUAUCCUUGACUCAAAAAAUGGCACAUUUUGCUGUGGAAAACAAAACUACAACUUGCGAACCCAUACCUGCAGAAACGGAAAUAUCGUGCCCAAAAAAGCUCCUUGGUGGGGUUAAGCUAAUUUGAAUGACUUUAUCUUCCGAUGUAUUACACUCAUUACAGAUGUUAUUAUUUUCAUGAAAAAAAAACAAGCAUUGAUUCGUUAAUGACAAUGUAUAAGAAUAAAUGGUUUUCGUUUGAAUUUAUGAAAUGAAUUUUUGACUUUUAUAGUGAAAAAAAAAUUACAAAAGCUUUAAAUUAAAAUUUAUUUAUGAGAUUUGAUAUCAAUGAUAGAAAUCUUAAUAUCUGCAAAUAAGCGUUCAUUCAAUAAAAACACUCGUACACGUGA